AGCCACUGAGUUAUUAUUAUUUGUGAAAAAGAAAAAGAAAAAGAAAAACAUCUGUAGGAUUGUCAGUAUGGGACAACAACAAAACUACUCUAAUCCUCCAUCGUCAUCACUACCAUUAACUAAUUAAUACUAAAGCAAUUACCAGAGCUUCGUUUGAGUAUUAUACUGAUUUUUUUAUAAUAGGUUUCUUUAAACCAACGGUUCAUUAUUGGAUGAAUGUUUUGGAAGAUUGUUGAAGAUGAAAAUUCACUCCCACCUCUCACUCUCACACAUCCUACAUUCCAAACCCAAGCCCUAAAAUUUUUCAUUACACACACUUGAAUCCCUCCAAAUCCAUCCACAAUACCUUUAUCAAUCUCCCCCCUCUCUCUCUCUCUCUCUCUACGCGCACACACACACACAUACAUAUAACUUGUAUGCAUUGACUUUUGAGAUUUGAUCGUUUUCAGGGAGAAAAUGGUGGGGAUUUUGGGAGAGUUGCAUUCAUGGAGGGGUUCUGAAAUUUAAGGUUCUAAUAGGGGCCCUUUGAUUUGGACAAAGGCUCUCUCUCGAUAGAUAUACAUAUAUGUUGUUUUGUAUACAUUGACCUUUGAGAUUUAAUCAUUUUGGGGAAGAAAAUGGGAGAGAUUUGGGAAGAAUUGCAUUCAUGUGGGGUUUUGAAAUUUAGGGUUCUACUAGGGGCCCUUUGAUUUGGAGAAAGGGCCCUGUAAGAGGGGAGGAGGUGGAAUUGCAGAGAAAGUUACAGAGAGAGAGAAAGAGAGGAGGGAGAUAUGAAGGUGUUGUUAGGGAGCCCAGGAACGGUAAGUGGACUGCUGUUGAGGAUGGGGCAGUGUUUAUUUGCGGCUGCUUCAAUUGGAGUGAUGAUCUCUGCUUUGGGCUUCUCUAACUACACUGCUUUUUGCUAUUUAAUUGCAUCAAUGGGGCUUCAAGUGUUGUGGAGCUUUGGACUUGCAUGUCUUGAUGUCUAUGCUUUGAGGAUAAAGAGGGACCUUCAAAAUCCUGUCCUAGUGAGCCUGUUUGUCGUGGGUGAUUGGGUGACGGCUACUCUUUCACUUGCAGCUGCAUGCUCUUCAGCAGGGGUUGUAGUUUUGUAUGCGAGAGAUUUGCAUUUUUGCAAGGGUACAAUGCAUGUCCCGUGCAACAGAUUCCAGCUCUCUGUAUCUCUGGCUUUUGUCACCUGGUUCCUUAUCGCUGUUUCUUCUCAUGUAAUGUUUUGGAUUUUAGCCUCGGUUUGAAUUAUUCAUGCUUUCUUCCCUAUUCCCACGGAUAUAACACAAUUCAACACCGUCACUCUUGUUUCACAUGUAAAUCUGAUUGUUUUACCCAUAUAAACUUACUUUUGGGGCCAUUGUUAUGUUUCUCCUUUUCAAUUGCUAUGAAUUGUUUUAUGAACUUUUUAAGGUUCACUCCUACAGUCA